AUGUCUGAUUGCUUUCUAUCUUUCAUCCUCUUUCAUCUUUCUUUCUUUCUUUCUUUUUCAUCCUCUUCGUUCUUUCAACAUUUUCCUUUUACUUUCUUUUUUCUUUCUUUUUCAACAUUGUCUUCUUUCUUUCUUCUUUUUUCAUUCUCUUCUUUCAGCAUUUUCUUUUCACGUUCUUUUUCGUUGUUUCAACAUUGUCUUCUUUCUUUCUUUCUUUCUUUCUUUCUUAUAAUUCUUUCUUUCAACAUUGUCUUCUUUCUUUCUUCUUUUUUCAUUCUCUUCUUUCAGCAUUUUCUUUUCACUCUUCGUUCUGUCUUUCUUUUUUUCUUUGUUUCUUUCUUUUUUCCUUCAAAAUUUUCUUUGCAAUUUUUUCCUUCUUUUUUCUUUCUUUCUUUCUUUCUUUCUUUCUUUCCUUCCUUCUUUCUGUCUUUCUUUCAACUUUUUCUUUCUUUCCUUCUCUUCCUUGAUGCUCUUCAUUCUUCCUACAUUUUCUUUUCACUUUCUUUUUCUUUCUAUCAUUUAACACUCUUUUCGUUCGUUCGUCCUUUCUUUCUUUCCUUCAACAGUCUUCUUUCUUUCUUUUUUUCUUUCUUUCUUUCUUUUAUCACCCUCCUCUUUCUUUCAACAUUUUCUUUUCACUUUCUUUUUCGAUCUUCUUCGUUCGUUCUUUCUUUCUUUCGUUCUUCAUCCUCUUCUUUCUUUCAACAUAUUCUUUUCCAUUUCUUUUCCUUUCCUUCUUUCAACGUUGUCUUCGUUCUUUCUUACUUUCUUUCUUCUUCCUUUCAAUCUUUUCUUUUAAUUUUCUUUUUCUUUCUUUUAAUCAUUGUCUUAGUUUUUUCUUAUCUUCUUCCUUAUCCUCUUCUUUCGUUCAAAUUUUUUUCACUUUUCUUUCUUUCAACAUUCUCUUUGCAUUUUCUUUCUUUCUUUCUUUCUUUCUUUCUUUCUUCAACAUUGUCUUUGUUCUUUCUUUCUGCGUUAUCUUCUUUUUCUCUACACUUUCGUCUGCCGUGUUUUUUUUUUCCUUUCUUUUUACUAAUAUUUUUCAUACUUUCCGUCUUUCUUCAUAAUCUUUUUUAA